AUGGCUCGUGGGAAGAUCCAGAUCAAGAGAAUAGAGAACCAAACAAACAGGCAGGUGACUUAUUCCAAGAGAAGAAAUGGGCUCUUCAAGAAAGCUCAUGAACUCACUGUUCUUUGUGAUGCUGAGGUUUCAAUUAUCAUGAUCUCCAGUACUCAGAAGAUCCAUGAAUAUAUUAGCCCUACAAGCACGACAAAGCAGCUGUUUGAUCGGUAUCAGAAGGUUGCUGGGGUCGAUCUUUGGAUCACCCACUACGAGAAAAUGCAAGAGAACUUGAGGAAGCUGAAGGAUAUUAAUAAGAAUCUUCGAAGCCAGAUUAGGCAAAGAAUGGGAGAGAGCUUAAAUGAUCUAAACUACGAUCAAAUCGUUAACCUUGUUGAAGAUGUGGAUGAUUCUCUGGGGAAGAUUCGUGACAGAAAGUACAAAGUGAUUGACAACCAGAUCCAGACUAGCAAGAAAAAGUUAAGAAAUGUUGAAGAAAUUCACAGAAAUAUACUACUGGAAUUUGAUGCAAGACAGGAGGAUCCACAUUAUGGAUUAGUUGAUAAUGAAGUGGAUUAUAAUUCGGUUCUUGGAUUUCCCAAUGGAGGCCCUCGCAUAUUUGCUUUACGUCUCCCGUCUAAUCAUCACCCUAAUCUUCACAGUGGAGGAGGCUCAGAUCUUACGACAUUUGCUUUGCUCGAGUGA